AUGUAGGAUAUUUUGGCCACGGACAUUUUGGCUACGGACACUUUGGUCAUUGGCCACCAAACUAGGACGGUUUGGCCACGGCAGCAAACCUUAGGAGGAUGUUUUGGCCACGAAAAAUUCACAGUACUGUUCUUUAUUUUUCACAUAUUUUUUUUUCACUUAUAAUUCGUGAUUGUGAAAAUGUCUGACCAGUUUACUUCUUACUUGAUUAAUUACUUACUUAACUUGAUUAAUCUUACCAGAUUACCUUACUUAAUUAAUCAUUACCAGAAAGAGAGAGAGAGAGAGAGAGAGAGAGAGAGAGAGAGAGAGAGAGAGAGAGAGAGAGAGAGAGAGAGGAAUUAGAUCUUUUACUGCCAUACGAGUUUGUUUUGAACUGUGAAGCAGUUGGUGGUUUGUGAGGUUUCUGACCGAGGUGAGGAACAGCCUGAUUGGAGCUACUUUGCACAGUACUUACUACUCCACCAUGUCAGCUGAGCUUGAGGUCACCACAUCAAAUCGAGGUGGUCAGAAAAUCUGCCUGGAUGGCUUUAUGUACACUAAGAAGCAUGUUGCAAAAUCAGUGGAUGAGAUAGUUUUUCGGUGUGUCAAGCGGGCUAGUCUGAAGUGCCCUGGUAUACUAAAGACAACCAAAAGUCUUGGUAACCCUGAAGUUGUGACCUCGCAUAACCAUCUUUCUGACACAGUUGGAUGCCAAGUGGAGCAAGCUCGACAGGGUAUGAAGAGGAAGGCUUCGAACACCAAUGAUCAGCCUAAUCAGAUUCUCGCCUUCACAGUCGCGGCACUGCCCGCGGAGGUCAAAGCACACAUGCCUAGGUCUGAUUCUAGUAAGCGUGUCCUUCGUCGCAUCCGGGCUGCACACCGUCCCAAGGAUCCACAGUCUCUUCAAGAGUUGGAAAUCCCUGAUGACUGGACAUCCCACCUCCACUAUGACAAUGGACCAGAGGCAGAUGAGCGUAUUAUCAGCUUCACCACCCCCCAUCAUCUGGAACUGUUAGCACGCUGUGAUGAGUGGUGUAUGGAUGGCACAUUUUCGGUAGCUCCGAGACUCUUCACCCAGCUAUAUGUCAUCCAAGGUCGAGUCAACAGUGUUUAUCUACCUCUUGUGUACGUCUUGCUGCAACGCAAGACACAAAGUAGCUACGAACAAGUCUUCAGGGUCCUGGCGGAGAGUGGCUGUGAUCCCAUUUCAGUCAUCAUCGACUUUGAGAGGCCUGUGGAGCUGGCCCUUCAUGUGGUAUUCGGGGAGGAGGUCCAGGUGCGGUUCUGUUUCUAUCAUCUAACCCAGUCCAUCUGGAGGCAGAUCCAGCACCUGGGUCUCAAAAACCUAUACGAAUCCGAUGAGGAGUUCCGCCUCUUCUGUGGUCAGGUGGAUGCACUGGCCUUCCUGCCCCCAAAAAGAUGUCAAGGAUGGCAUGUCAUACCUUCGAUCUACCAUGCCUGAGGAGGCUGCUCCACUCUUGGAAUACUUUGACUCCACCUAUAUUUCAGGCCAACUGCGUCAUCGUCGUAACAUCACUUCCAAGUCAGGACACCUACAGCCAAUCUCGAUUCAUCUACGUCGCACGCCACCUAUGUUCCCGCCUGAGAAGUGGAAUAUGCACCACGCAACUCUAAACAACCAGCCAAGGACAAAUAACAUUUGCGAGUGGUGGAACAACAAGUUUUUCCGCCUGGUGGGACAUGCCAACCCCACGGUGUGGAAGCUGAUAGAGUGUCUGCAAGCUGACGCUGCCACUGUGGAUGAAAUUCUGCUGCAGCAAGAACGCGGCAUUCGCCCUGCUAAGAGGUUUAAGAAGAUAUACAAGGAAUUACACACCCGCAUCCAAAACCUGGUCAUCGAUUUGAAUGAAGGGAAGAAGACCAUCCCACAAUUCCUCCGAGGCAUCAGCUAUAAUCUUAGAGGUGGAGAUAUGAAUGCGUAGCAUGUGAACCUAUACUUUUUAAUGACAAUUUUAAUUUAAAAAAUGCUCUAUUGCAAUUUUUCAAAAAUGCUCAAUUACAUUUUAAAUACCAAUAUUUUUGUUGAGUUUAUCACAUCAAAUAUCCUAUCUUCCUUGGGUGGCGAUUUAUUUUUAAUUUAAUGGCCAAAAUGUCCGUGGCCAAAAUAUCCUACUUUCCGUGGCCAAAAAGUGGCAAGUUGCGAUUUGAUGGCCAAAAUGUCCGUAGCCAAAACAUCCGUGGCCAAAACAUCCGGCUACCGGGUAGAACACUGUCAGCUACCCUUGAUUGAUAAUUGGGCUCAACAGUCUACAGCGGUCGUCCUGUGAAAGAAGCCUGCCGACAAGGGAAAACCAGCAGGCCGAAAUCCAAAAUAAAUAGAGAGGCGCAUCUCUUCAAGAGUAAACGACAUGGGAAGCACACUAGUCAAAGGUGACCACUCAAGACACACCCCACCGGACGUACCCCUUAGGGCGCACCCCUUAUGGCGUACACCCUAGGGCGUACCCCUCAGGGCGUACACCCCAGGUCGCACCUCUCAGGGCACACCCUUCAGGGCGCAACCCUCCAGGGCACACCGCUUUGGGCACGCACGCCAACAAGGGAGCCAGCACCCAGCAACAUCCUCAAACAGCAGAGUAGAGGGGGCAACAGAGGGAGAGCAGGUGGGGGAUGAGCGCCAUCACCCCCAAACGCAGCUGCCUCUCAAACAGACCACCAGAACGAAUGCAGACCCAUAGGGGCAUCCUCGAAGCUAACACCCUCAAACAGCAGAGCAGAGGGGAACAACGGAGGGAGAGCCGGUGUGGGAUGUGGGCGCCGCCACCUCCGAACACAGCUAUUUCCCACAAGGGUCGUCCAUGAAACCAUACUCCCAAAGGGGAGGAGCAACCCCAGACAACAGAACAAGAUCGGAGAGUCAAACGAGCCCUGUGGACGAAACACCGCCAGAGACGUGACUUAAGCUACAAUUCCCGUACUCAAAAAGAAGAUAGGGAGGGAGCACGGGGAAGAAGGCCAGAGGAAAGGCCAGAAAGCCCAGCCCAACAAACCAACCUGAUGACCAACCUCACAGACACGACCAAAAGGAGCCGGCGGGAGGAAAACAAGUGGAACUCAGUAACCCAAAAGAUUAAUAUGGUAAAAAAAAAAAAAAAAAAAAAAAAAAAAAAACACCGCUCUUCCCUCUCCUAUAAAAGUACAGGGAAAAAAAGCGUACACCACAGAGACAAAAGACUACGGUACCCACCAAGAACAACCAACAGCAGAGACAGGAGAAAGCAACAGUUGGAGCGGCGACACUGGCAGGUGGGGGAGGAAGAUGGGGCAGAACACUCCGUGGUGGAUGCGCGUGAAUGAAUGAUGACUGCAGCUGAGAGAUGUGCUAGG